GCUGAAUGGUGACGCAUUGGCUCAUACUACCCUAAUAAAGAUGUAGAUGCUUAUUCGAAGCGGAAGCCAGGAGGCACGUGUUACUCUGCUCUUUCUCUCUCUGUGGUUCCUCUCUCCCCCAUUUGUUUUUCUUAAUAGCUGCUACCCAGGCGGAAUUGUGGAGCUCUUCGCGUAUGCUUGUUGUUCCAACUGCUGUGCUUGAGAGAUAGCCUCGAGAAGCCUCCAGGGCUGGUCCGUUCUUUUUUUUCCUUUGAGGGGAAAGGCUUUGACUUUUCUGCGUGAGAAGCACCCCUUCCAACCCUUCUCAGCAGGGGGUUAGGCUGCGAUCCUCUUCCUAAAAAAUCACCUCUGCUGAUGCUGAAAAAUAUCGGGGCCAAAAAUAGCGAAUAGUUUUUCCAGAAAAUCUCGGGGUCCUGUAAUCCAGGUGUGAGGUGUAUAGUCCAAUAUCUGUCUCUCAUUGGUAGUCCAUAUCCAACAUCACCAGGACGUAAUAAGAUUUUGGCUUAGUAUUCCUUAACAAUGCUAUGGGAAAGAAGGAGCCAUGUCAGAAGAAGCUGCCAGUGAGACACGUUUUUCUUUGAAGACAGCAGCUUUAAGAGUAUUUGAUCUUCCCCUUUCCUGGUAUUAUUCUUUAACCCAGGUCAAGAUCUCACCAGGUCUAAAGAAGCUAUUUGCAGCAACAGCAGUGGGGGCGGUAUCUGUGCUUUUUCUUGCCCAUCAUUUCAAAAGAAAACGUGGGAAGAAAACCAGGAAAGUAUCUCAAUGGGAUCCAGGCCACCUGAUGUUAGACUAUAUGAAAACAUCUGCAUCAGAGAAAGAUUCCAGUUGUUCCAGCAGCAGACAAAACCUAACGCUUUCAUUGAGUUCAGCCAAAGAAAAAGAAAAAUCCUAUAUUAAUGCAAAUGGAGGCCUCUUCAGUAAAUAUUCAGGUUCGGUGCAGAGUUUGGCCUCGGUCCAAAGUGUCACAUCCUGUCCAAGCUGUGCUUGUGUCAAUUCCAGUGCCUGGGAUAAAGCAGAUGAUGAUGAUAUAAAACUAAUCAAUAUUCCAGUAACUACACCUGAAAACUUGUACUUGAUGGGAAUGGAGUUAUUUGAAGAAGCGCUACGGCGAUGGGAGCAGGCACUGACCUUUCGUAACAGACAAGUCGAAGAUGAAGCCAGCUGUAGUGCCAUCAAACUUGGAGCUGGUGAUGCUAUUGCAGAAGAAAGUGUAGAAGAUAUUAUUAGCGCCGAAUUCAUUCAUAAGCUUGAAUCCUUGCUCCAAAGAGCUUAUCAUCUUCAGGAAGAGUUUGAAGCCUCCCUUGGGGCAUCUGACCCAGCUCCCUUUGCCAAUGAUAUUGAUAAAAACACAGAUAGUACAAUGAAGGAUAAUACAGAUGAAUUCAGUCUACGUGAUACAUUAAGCAUUGGAUCAACAGAUUCAUUUGUUUCAGCUGCUGAGCUUACAGAACACAAGGAAAGCCGAAAUUCUUAUAAUCUGGAUUCACUUUGCCAUUGUCCACUAUAUGAAGAGGCUAUGCACUUGGCAGAAGAGGGCAAGAUUUAUUCACGAGUCUUACGAACUGAAACAUUGGAAUGUUUGGGGGACAGCGAUUUUCUUGCAAAGCUUCACUGUAUCCGACAAGCUUUUCAGGUAAUCCUUUCAGACACUACAAAUCGAAUAUUUCUUGCUGAAAGUGGCAGAAAAAUUUUGUGUGCUUUAAUUGCGAGAGCAAGAAAGAAUCCAAAGAAAUUUGAGGAAGUAUUUGAUGACAUGAUCUCUUUCUUAGAGCAAACAGAUCAUUGGGCUAAUACUGAAAUAGAACUUGCUGCUUGUGGAGUAAAACAUCUAAAUUUCUAUGAUGUUGUUCUGGACUUCAUAUUAAUGGAUUCCUUUGAAGAUUUAGAGAAUCCACCUAUGUCAAUACAGAAUGUGGUGAACAACCAUUGGCUGAAUUCGUCCUUCAAAGAAACUGCUGUGGCUUCAAGUUGCUGGUCAGUCCUAAAACAAAAAAAGGAACAAAUGAAGGUUCCUGAUGGUUUCUUUGCACACUUCUACGCUGUUUGUGAACACAUCAGUCCUGUUUUGGCAUGGGGAUUUCUAGGCCCUAGAAACUCUCUGUAUGAAUUAUGCAGCUUCUUCAAGAAUCAGGUUCUUUAUUUCCUGAAAGACAUUUUUGACUUUGAAAAGGUACGAUAUUCAACUAUGGAUAACCUAGCAGAAGACCUUCUGCAAUUGUUAACUCAGCACACUGAUCUUCUCCUGGCUUAUCUUGGAGGCAACUCAUUAAGGCAUGCCAGCAGUUGUGUAACUGGAUGUGGACACACAACAGACAGUGGCAUUCUGGAAGCAAAAGUACAAUAGGUUUCUCUUUUGUUGUUCUUAAUGCGAGCACAAGUUUUGCCUUUUUCUCCCUCGAGGAAAGCUGACGUUGCUUCUACUUCUUUCUGAGCAAGUAUCUGAAAAUCUUCAAUGAUAUUAAAUUAUAGUCUCAGGGAGGUUUAAAUUAUGGAAAUCAUUGCUUAAUACAUUACUGUAUAUAGAUAGAUAUCUGGAAGGAACACUUCAGCUGUCAUUGGAUCUAUAUAUACUAUGUUCCAGCUAUUAUUAUUUUUAAUGGUUAAGUGACUUUUUUGUGUGAAGUACUGCACAUUUGCCUCGGAUACUUUUUGUGACUAAAAGUAAUGCAAAGAUAUAUGGUAUAGUAGAUAGGUUUGUCUCAGUGAUUUGAAUUAUGAAUUACUUAGUACAAAGUCUUAAAAGCUCUACCUGUUUGCCAAGUUAUGCACAUUUUUUUUGGUUGUUUUUAAGUGAUGUGCAAUAAAGUAACACACACAGUGACAAAUCAUUUAACUUUGCCUUGACAUUUUGUGUGUGUAAGCUAUCAUUUAUAAUGUAGCAAAAUGAAUCUAUGCUGUAGUCAGCAGUGGCAUUCUUUAAGAGUUGUUACAAAAUUUAAGUGCUAACUGAUACAUUUUAAUGUAAAUUACCCUUCACUGAUGGUUUACAUUGGUCAUUAUUGUGAGAAAUCAAGAGUCUGGUGAGGCCUUAAACAAUAGUUUAAAUAGUUUAAUAUCAUAACCCCCCCCCCCACACACACACAAUCUUUAGAGAGCUUUUAAAACUUUAUACUAGUUGUGAGUAAGCUAGAAUAUUGUUUUGUUUGAAUGUAGCAUUUAAAGUAUAUUUUUAAGAAAAAUGUAUGUAAAAAAUGGUAAUCAUGCAACAAAA